GUCCCCGCCCCGCCACUUCCGGUCCCGCCGUCCGGAGCCGGUGCUGGCUGUGAGGGGCCGCGUCUCGCUGCCGCCGGCCGGCUGGGGCAUGGUGUUGGGCGCCGGGCCCGCCUCGCCUGUCUCGGGGUGCCCAGGAAAAAGGCAGCAGUGAUGCUGACGCUGGCAAGCAAGCUGAAGCGGGAUGAUGGUCUCAAAGGGUCCCGGGCGUCAGCCACAGCCUCUGACUCCACUCGGCGGGUGUCUGUGAGGGACAGGCUGCUUGUUAAAGAGGUUGCAGAACUUGAAGCUAAUUUACCUUGUACGUGUAAAGUGCAUUUUCCUGAUCCAAACAAGCUUCAUUGCUUUCAGCUAACUGUCACCCCAGAUGAGGGUUACUACCAGGGUGGAAAAUUUCAGUUUGAAACUGAAGUUCCUGACGCAUACAACAUGGUGCCUCCCAAAGUGAAAUGCUUGACCAGGAUCUGGCACCCCAACAUCACCGAGACCGGUGAGAUAUGUCUCAGCUUACUGAGAGAACACUCGAUCGACGGCACCGGCUGGGCCCCCACAAGGACGCUGAAGGAUGUUGUUUGGGGAUUAAACUCUUUGUUUACUGAUCUGUUGAAUUUUGAUGAUCCACUGAAUAUUGAAGCUGCGGAACAUCAUUUGCGAGACAAGGAGGACUUCCGGAAUAAAGUGGAGGACUACAUUAAGCGCUAUGCCAGAUGAUACGGGGAGAGGACUGCAGGGCCGCGGACUGUGCGUGAGAAGAUGGGCUCCACCCGAAACCAGAGGAGCCUCUCCCCGAUCUUCAGCUCCCCUCAGUCCCGCCGGCUCCUCCGAGUCCUGUGACCGUGUUGUCCUGAGGAAGAACCUCUUCACGACCGCCCAUUGUAGCCGGAGAGUUCCACAUAAAUACAGCCAGAAAAUGUGUCUGGGGUUCUAAAGAGUUGUCUGCUUACCUUAACAUGUUUACUUUUUUGAAACUGUACUGUAUAGGCUGUUGAUGAGAAUGAACUCAGCGUCGAGGCUAGAGCUGCUUCUCCCCUCCCCCGUCAGUCCCGCGCAGGUGAUGCUGAUGCUCAGUGUAGCCCGCAGAUUGGCCGUCAGAAACCCGCUACAAACUGUGAUUGGUGCGAAGUCUCUUAGCUCCUCCCACGAAUGUCGGCCCUGCCUAGGUGUCGUGAAGCUUCCCAGAAUGCAGUCAUUCACUGUAGAUCUCUUACUGAAAUGCGUAUUUUAUUUAAUGUAAGUAUAUUUUGGAACAGAUUUGUAAUUUGUACAAUUUAAUGCUUUAAUUAUUUUUUUCUAUUCUCAUUUAGUUUGUAUCUUCAUUGUAUAGAGCAGACAGAUGUUGGGUCAAGCAACUAUGGAGAAAUACAAAGAAAAUAUGAAA